AUCACCGCCGCUCCUCCCUGCACAUCCGCCAUCCCCUGUCCUCCCGCCUGCCACCGCACGUGUGCAUCAGGAGGAAGGUUCGCCACUCGGAGAGGAAGAGAAGGAGGAAGCGGCGGAAGAAGCAGCGGACCUCGCUGCCCCCCUCGGAGGUGACCCCCACCAUCCAGGAGGUGGACGAGGAGGAGGAUGGGGAGGGGGACGGGUCAGAGGAGGAGGCCCGGGACAAGGAGGUCUCGGCCAGCGAGGGGACGCGAGAUUCACCCACGGUGAGUGCCGCUAGUGGGAGAGAGUCUAGGACCAGAGGGCACAGCCUCAGAAUUAAAGGACGUACCUUUAGGAAGGAGAUGAGGGGGAAUUUCUUUAGCCAGAGGGUGGUGAAUCUGUGGGAUUCUUUGCCACAGACGGCUUCCAACCUGGCCUCACAGGAAUCCACAGAGUCCCUGCUGAUAGAGGAGCAGACACCAACACCACCUGAGGGACCUCUGGAGCCGCAGAGAGAAUGGACGCAAAGCUCUCUGGACGCACGAGACAAUUCGCCGCCGAGCUGCGCAAAACGGCGGUCCCUGCACCGGACACCAGGGGCCCAGCGACCCAGCUCUCUGGAUGCACGAGACAAUUCGCCGCCGAACUGCGCAAAACGGCGGUCCCUGCACCGGACACCAGGGGCCCAGCGACCCAGGUACGACCUGCAGGAGCGGGUGUGCAUCGGCAGUAUGACCGCAUCAGGAGCCGCCAUCUUCCAGAAGGUUCCGACGGAUGAGGCGGAGGCGGAGAUGCUGGCCGUUGUCGAUCUGGUCUACAUGAAAAGCCACCGGUUUGAGGACCACCCCGGGGUCCGGAGGCAUCUGGUCAAGAAACCAUCCAAGGGCCAAAUGAGUAAAAACACCAGCAAAAUGCAUCAGACCGGCCCAAGGAAGAGCAAGCUCGACAGGAAGCCUCACGAGGUUUUUGUCGAGCUGAAUGAGCUGGUGGUGGACAAGAACAACGAGAUGACGUGGCAGGAGACGGCCCGGUGGAUCAAGUUUGAGGAGGACGUGGAGUCGGAGACGGACAAGUGGGGGAAGCCGCACGUGGCCUCCCUGACCUUCCGCAGCCUGCUGGAGCUGAGGAAGACCAUCGCUCAGGGGGCCGUGCUGUUGGACCUGGAGCAGAAGACUUUACCCGGCAUUGCCCAUCUGGUGGUGGAAACCAUGGUCAUCUCGGACCAGAUCAAAGCUGAGGACAGGGCCAAUGUGCUGAGAGCUCUCCUAGUGAAACACAGCCACCCUAACGAUGAGAAAGAAGGAAGCUUCUUCCCCCGCACCGGAAACAGCAGCGUGUCCUCCGUACUGGGCAACCACCAUCUUCACCACGAGCACUACCCCUCCAAUGACCAGGUCAUCACCCUGCCCUUGAUGGAAGAGGAGCGGGCCCAGUCUGACGAUUCCAAAACGCUAGAGUCCGACUCCCAGAACACCGCGAGACAUACUUCACAACAGAGCGAGCGACACAUGACCAAGUCGGAGAUAAAACUCCUGAGGCAGAUCCCGGAUAACGCAGAGGCAACAGUUGUCCUCAUCGGGACCCUGGCCUUCCUGGAGCAGCCGACCAUGGCCUUCGUGCGUCUGAGCGAGGGGGUGCUGCUGGAUUCCGUGCUGGAGGUCUCCGUCCCCGUCCGUUUCAUCUUCGUCCUGCUGGGCCCGUCACAGUCCAACAUCGACUACCACGAGAUCGGCCGUAGCAUAUCCACGCUCAUGUCCGACAAGGAAUUCCACGAGGCGGCCUACCUGGCAGAUGAUCGGCAAGACCUCCUGAACGCCAUCAACGAGUUCCUGGACUGCAGCAUUGUCAUCCCACCCUUGGAGCUGGAAGGCAGGGACCUCCUCAGAUCCGUCACUGCCUUUCAGAAGGAGAUGCUGAGGAAGAGAAGAGAGAGGGAACUGAAGAAGUCUUUAAAGAAGGAGGAGUCCGUGUUGGAGAUCAAAGAUAUGUGCGUGGAGCUGCGGGAGGAUGUUGAGGUCGACUCUCUGGAGAGGACCAACCGUCUGUUUGGUGGGCUGAUCCGUGACGUCAGGCGGAGGUACCCCCAGUACCUGGGCGAUAUCCGUGACCCCUUCAACGGUCAGUGUUUGGCCGCCACUAUCUUCAUCUACUUUGCUGCACUGUCUCCGGCCAUCCCCUUCGGGGGUCUCCUGGGGGCAAAGACAGAGGGGCUGAUCGGUGUGUCAGAGCUGAUUGUGUCCACCUCAAUCAUGGGCAUCGUCUUCUCGCUGCUGGGGGCGCAGCCCCUGCUCAUCAUCGGCUUCACCGGACCGCUGCUCGUGUUUGAGGAAGCGUUUUACAACUUCAGCAAGGACCAGCACAUUGACUAUCUCACCGGCCGAGUGUGGAUUGGCUUCUGGCUGAUGUUCAUUGUCCUCAUCACCGUGGCGUUGGAGGGCAGCUUCCUGGUCCGAUACGUCACCCCCUUCACUCAGGAAAUCUUUGCGUUCCUCAUCUCCGCCAUCUUCAUCUACGAGACCUUUAAAAACCUCUUGAUAGUCUUCGCCGCCCACCCCCUGCUCAAGUCCUACCCAGUCUUCCCAGAGCUGGAGGGCAACGUGACGAAGGACUUGGUCGUCAUUAUGCAACCCAACACGGCGCUGCUGUCCCUGGUCCUGAUGGUGGGGACCUUCUUCACUGCCUACUUCCUGAGGAAGUUCAGAAACAGCCGCUUUCUCGCAGGAAGUGUGCGGCGAACUAUCGGUGAUUUUGGGAUUCCGAUUGCCAUCCUGGUGAUGCUGUUGGUGGACAUCUCAGUACCAGACACCUACACGGAGAAGCUGAACGUGCCGCUGCAUUUCUCUGUCACGGCUCCCGAGAAGCGGAGAUGGUUCAUCCACCCCCUGGGCAAGGACAACGGCUUCCCGAUCUGGAUGAUCUUCGGUGCGGCCAUCCCCGCCAUUCUCCUCUUCAUCCUGAUCUUCAUGGAGACCAACAUCACCACACUGAUUGUGAGCAAGAAAGAACGGCACCUGGUCAAGGGAUCCGGCUUCCACCUCGACCUGCUCCUGAUCGGUGUUGGUGGCGGUUUCUGCGGCAUCUUCGGGCUGCCGUGGCAGGCGGCGGCAACGGUGAGAAGCAUCGCUCACGUCAACGCCCUGACGGUGAUGAGCAACAGCACCGCUCCCGGGGAGAAGUUCCGCAUCCAGGAGGUCAAGGAGCAGAGGGUCACCGGCAUCGUGGUGGCUGUACUCGUGG